GCUUAAAGCUGCCAACGUUGGAGACCCCCUGGACUAAACGGGUCAUCUUCUUUGUCUCGGGCUGAGCUUUUCCUGAGCUGCAAAUCUCCAGGACACCACGAGAGGGCAGCAAGCAAACAGCUAAGUCUAGUAUCUACCGCCGCGCAUCGCCCUCUCGUGACCUUCUGGAGGCUUUGCAGCCCAGAUGACGGGUCACCGUAGCCCGAGUUUUCUGAGUCUGCCGUUGUGCUUCGGCGGAAGUGACGUCAUGGGACGGAAUCACAACAGCCGCGGCUUGGCGUUGCAGCGCGAGGAGCGAAGCGAGACAAUGGAGCUGAAGGAUGCCGAGGUGGCUGAGGGGGAAUUCGGCGACCUGUGGAAGUGAAGGCGGGCAGGUGGCGAACUCUCCGCGCCAUAGAGGAAUCUCGAGGGGCGAAGUUUAGAGCGGAGAGAUCCGGGUCGGCUUUCCGUUGGAAAACACAGGUUGUCCUCAACUUAGGACCACAGUUCAGCUCCAGAGAUUAUUAGAAAUCUCAAACAUUAAUACUGAAGAAGAGAAUACAUCAAAUACCGUGAGAAACAGAUUAUAUAAUUGAAAAUCAGAUCAUGGAAUCUUCAACCAAUCUAGAUACUGAUACCCAGCUAAUUGUGGACGAUUGUGCUGGCACCUUUAGCUUGUCUCAUAUGCCAGAUAUUAAAGUUGAACAUCACCUUGAGUCCAGUGUGGAGGAAGGAUCACCUCAGAGUGUUGCUAUGGGAAUGAAAUUCAUUUUGCCCAAUAGGUUUGAUAUGAAUGUAUGUUCUCGAUUUGUCAAGUCCUUGAAUGAAGAAGAAAGCAAAAAUAUUCAAGAUCAAGUGAAUUCUGACCUUGAAGUGGCUUCAGUAUUAUUUAAAGCUGAGUGCAAUAUCCACACUUCUCCUUCUCCUGGGAUUCAAGUGAGACACGUCUAUACCCCAUCAACUACUAAGCAUUUUUCACCUAUCAAGCAGUCAACUACCUUAACUAACAAGCACAGAGGAAAUGAAGUUUCUACAACACCUUUGCUUGUAAACUCUCUGUCUGUUCACCAGCUGGCAGCUCAGGGAGAAAUGUUGUAUUUAGCUACACGUAUAGAACAAGAAAAUGUUAUCAAUCAUGUAGAUGAAGAAGGCUUUACUCCUCUAAUGUGGGCUGCAGCUCACGGGCAAAUUGCAGUAGUAGAAUUUCUACUCCAAAAUGGUGCAGACCCUCAAAUCUUGGGAAAAGGACGAGAGAGUGCAUUGUCAUUAGCAUGUAGUAAAGGAUAUACAGACAUUGUCAAGAUGUUACUGGAUUGUGGAGUUGACGUAAAUGAAUAUGACUGGAAUGGCGGUGCACCCUUGCUCUAUGCUGUUCAUGGGAAUCAUGUGAAAUGUGUCAAAAUACUCUUGGAACAUGGUGCUGAUCCAACUGUAGAAACUGAUUCUGGAUAUAAUUCUAUGGAUCUUGCUGUAGCCUUGGGCCAUCGUAGUGUCCAACAGGUUAUUGAGACUCAUUUAUUAACACUCCUUCAAAAUAUCAAGGAAUAAUAUUUUAGCUAUGGAAGAAGAAAUGGAUUUCAUUUGAAUACUGAUCAGUAUAAAAGCAUUUUUUAAUUGUGCUUGAAAUGGUAGGUUAGUGGCAUGCAUACUUAGCAGCUAAGUUGAUUUAUAAGUAGAAAAGACUGCCUUUUGCCUCAGCAAACUUUUCCUGUACCAUAGUGCUGGUUUAUUGUUCCAAUAUUUCAUAGUAGGGUCUAUGACAUUAGAAUUUCUGUUUCAGUGUUUAGAUGCAAGAGUGGGUUAUAACACAGCACUUGAAAGCUGAAUUCAAAAAAAAUAUAUGAGGUUUUAUUCAAGCUAUUUUUCUUCUUUCGAGUUAUAUUUUAGGUGAACCAUGUUCAUUUGAGUGAUGUUCAUAGAUGUUUAAAAUUCAAGCUCAUCUUAUUCCUAUUUCAUGUAAGCGCUUGAAAAAGGAAUUGUAAAAUGCUAUGACAAUAUACAAAAUUAUAUCCCAUGCUGAUGUAUGAUUUAUUUAUACAUUUCAAAUUGAUAGCAAGGUAGUUUUUCAGACUGUAUUAAUCCAAUACUUCGAUUCAGUUGGCGCCAAUAGGGGUUUAUGUGUAGUUGUUUCUUAUUUAUUUUCAUGUAGACAACAAUAUUCUUUGCUCUUUUUAGAAAGGAUUUUUUUAUGUUUACAACUAAGUUCUAAAAUCUUAGAAGAACAGACUUUUUAAUGCAAAUAGCUUGUUUAUUUCAGUGCCACUAUUGAAAUAUACAGGUUUAACAUGAUUUUCUACUAUAGAUUUAAGUAUUUGAAUUGGAUAAAUAAUAUAUACACAAAAAUAUAGCUGGCUGAAGCUAUAACCUGGAAUGACUGAAAGAAUUGUUAACAUUAGCACACUGUUACAAUUAAAAUAUUGGUGUUUUAAAUAAGAACCAUCUAAAAUAAAUGUAUCUUAUUGUAGUGUUUGUUCAAAGCCUUCUGUUUUAGGAAUGUUACAAAAAAUACCACUAAAUGAAAUUAAUCUGGAUUGUAACAAUUUGCAACCCAUGCAUUGAUAUUAUCCUGAAAAUGAUCUUUAUGGCAUGUUACAUGGAAUUGUUAAUUCUCACAUAAAAACACAAAAAACAUGAGGUAAACAUGUUUCAUUGAAAAUAGACACAUGCCUCUAAACUGCUGUGGGGAAAUUGUGCAAUACUUAAUAUAUGGUAGAUUCACCUAUGAGAAUCUUACUAGCCAAAGAGAAUUCUUUAGCUUCUGCUACUUAUUUUUUAGGUGGCUGAAAACGUGUGUACCUCUCAGUGUGUAUUUAAUAUGCUAUAUGUUGUUAUAUUCUCAAGCCUUUGAGAUAAAAUGCUGUUUGAUUCUAUAGAAUUGCAACUUGAAAGCAAGCCUACAUUUUAAACUGUUUUCAGAGUGUUGUUUUAUAUAAAGUACAAAUUGUC